GUUUUCAAAUUUUCGCAUCGAUUGCCAAGCAACAGUCGCUGAUGCUAGUUUCGUUUGAUGUGCUGAAUUUUGUGUCUAGCAUUUUCGUUUUCUUUGAAAAAUAACGGUGCUUGAAUUAAUCAGAAAACAAUAACAAAACCUUUCCAAUAAAAGUUCAGAGUAGAAGUACUUCAAGUUUCGAACAGGAAAGUAUUUUACACUUUUCGUAGAGUAGGCAAAGCUGUUGGGAGAAGCGACCGUUGGCGGUUCAAACCGAUUCGGCGAUUUUGUUUCGGAGGCGCGUUGUACCUAGAAAAUGGACCCCUUCACACAGAAUAUACUUGAUCGUGCGGAGAAGCGUGCAGCGGCACUUGGAAUCACUAGCACAUCGAAGUUUCCUUUGUCGGAAUACAACUGCGACAACACAGCCGGCACUGCAUCGGCAAAUCCAAAAUCCCCCGGAAAGAAAUCGGCUACCACCUACUCAAAGACCCCGAAGAAAAACACAAAUACAGCCGUUAAUGUCGGCAGGUCUCCCAGCCGAGUCACGAGCAGUUCAGGUAGCACAAAAAUUGAAACUCAACGAAAACAGAGCUCUGAGUCCGGGAAGGAUGUUGAUGUAGCUGUAGAGAUCAACAUUACUACCGGAACGAAUGUUCAGGUUGAGGUUGAAGUCGCGGAAUGCGAGAUGGAUUCAACAGGUAAAAUCACUCGCAAAGUGGAAACUAGAACUGAAGAUGCGGAUGCAAAGAGUCUGAUUAGAGAUUCUUCCCGUAAUCAACUACAGCGACUGGGAACGCUGUAUUCGGAAUCGCAGGAUUUAUCAUCUCCAGUGCAUCGAACUGAAGGAAAAUUUCACGAGGAAAACGCAACCGACAAAGAGAACAAUCGUCCACGACCGAAAUUAGCGAAACUUGCCAUGCUAGCAGAUUGUAUUAAUAAUUGGGAAGACGAUACAUCACACCCAAAUAUUAAACAUCACCGGGAAACUGUAGUGGCUAAGAGGGAGAAAAGCCCAGCAAAAGAGCAGACCGUUAAAGAGAAAAAAGAAAGUCCCAAAAAGUCUGGGGCAAUGUCGAAAAAAUACGUUGCGCCCAAUCCGCCAAAGUCAAUUCUUAGUCCGGGAAAGACGGACUCUGAGAAGGCUCCUACAAAGACAUUGAAGUGGGACAAGCAGGUGAUGGAUGCCCUGGAAUCGCAAGGUUUCCAACGGAGGGAGUCGACAACUUCUAAGCUUGUAUACGACUAUAAAAGUGACACCAGACAGUCACAUGAAAAACAAGAAAUCGAGGCGAAUGAGAAGGCUUUGGUUCCUCUUAAAAAGACUCGCGCGCCUGAAAUUCCAGGAAGCUCAAGAGAACGAGGUGUUGUCCAAAAAACGGAGAAGGCAAUUGUAAAGAAGCCAGAGGUCAGCAAAGGAUUAGUAUCCACCCGUGCUGCGAUUUUCGAAUCUUCUAAGAAACGUCAAUCCAUCGCUAGAAAUCAGAAGGACCCGGCCGAAAUGUCCCUCAAGGAACGACUUGCCAUGUUCGAAAAAAAUAAAGGCCAAGCACUGGUUCCCAAAGCAGCCUUCGGUAUAUCACCGUCAAUCAGACAAAUUACUGGUGAAAGUACUUCCGCAACAGGGAAACAGCCAUCUUCGUGUCUUGCUAUUCAGGGUGCCGGCAUUGGUACAAUUUCCAAGGAUCAAACAGUUAAACAAAAGCAAAAAAUUGACUCCUACAACAAACCACAACUGACGGAAUCCAGCGCAACUGGUUCCGCUAUCAAGAAUGCGCUUGCCUCUUUGAUGGCUAACAACAGCACAAUAUCAGAAUCGAGAAUUGCCGAAGAAACACGGCGUCAGCGUCAGCAAGAAAUGGAGAUGCUUCUGAAUCGCUUCUCCAAGCCUGCCGAUAUGUCUUCGGAUGCGAUUGAUGAGAAGUCAAUCCCGAUGGCGCCUCCGAUGCCUCCGGAGGGAUACCUAACGCUUAGUGCCAAGAAACAACAGGCAAGGCACGACGAAGCGGUGGUAGCGGGCAAUAAAAGACGCAGUGGUGAGAAGCAUAUCAGCCCGGAAGUUCGCUCCACACUGGAGGAUGUCAAACGGAUACGGGUUGUACCGCCAAAGGAUGGUCAUCUGUAUCCCACGCUGAGCGACAUCGAAACCACUACCACCGAAUCGGAGGAAGGGGAUGAAUACACGACGGCCACCGUUUCUGGCGAGGAAGGCGACCAGAAUCAGACACACUAUAGGGAUUGCUACGACGAAGAGGAGCAAGAAUACGAAGAAGAAGCCGAGGAUGAAGAGCAUCCCGUUGAUGAAGAUGAAGAUAGCUAUAUGUAUUCCGACGAAGAAGAGGCCGAUUCGAGUGCCAACAUCAGCGACGUAAGUCUCGGUCGUGAGAUAAUGCAGGCGGUGAAGCUGCAAGAUCGUCGAGUUAGCCACGGCGGAAGACGGCGUGAGAGCCAUGAGAGAAAGACAGAUCAGUCCGAAAAGCGCCAAUCGUCACAAAGCCGUAACCAGGACAGCUCGACGAGCGAAGUUUCCGGCGUUUUUGACGAUAUGGAUGAAUACCUGGAUGAAGCUCUCGAUGAGGAAAGUGGCGAGCAGUUUGAUACACCAAGAAAAUCUUCGGUGUCAUCGAAUAGUUUCUCCUACAAGAAGAAUCCACGCCACAGUCAAUAUCAGACGAUCGAUGAAGAAGAUGCCGAAGAGAAGAAAGAUCCCCAGAAGCCAUCACCCAAACAACAGCAAGAGCAGAUAGUCAAAGAAGACUACAGCAGUCCAGUUAAAUCUGAAUUGAAAAUCAACCCAUCGGACGAUAAUAAUAUGGUCACAUUGGUGCAUACCGUUAGCUUCUAUCGUCGCCAGCAGAAUACAAAUACUCAAACGCCAGUAAAAAAAAUCAUGCGCACUCCCGUGCACAGCCAACCGCAAGUGGAUUCCACCACCGAGGAUUCCGAUGACGGUUGUUCCGCAACGACGAUUGCAAGCGACGCAACCAUAGAUGAAAAUGAAUAUCUUGUACAGGAAAAAGUCAAGAAAUUGCUGGAUGAAGUCUGCAAACAGCAAACAGUUAUUGCGCAAGCCAGUCAAGCCUUGAACUUGUGCGCUGCUACCAUUGAGUUUUCCGGAUCAACAGAAUCAGUCGAAGGCGAGCGGCAUCUUUUGGUAGCAACUCAUCGCCGCCAAGCAAUUCUCGACGAGGUUCAGCGUCUCCGGGUGGAGGGUUGUAUCCGCCCGAGAGGUGCUCCAACUGAAAAGGGACGACUGACGGUAAAGGAAAUAACCCUUCCGCUGAAGCAGGAUUACAUUAGGAAGCUUUCGUCGGAUUCUAUCAGUGGUCAUCAUGUCGUUUGUCUUCUCAAAUACAACGAAACCAUACUUGCCACGCAAACUAUUCCCACUUUGCCCGGGCUGUUGUCGGUGCGAUUCCCUGAUGUGUUACAAUUGAACAACGUGUUUGCAGAUUUCAAGAUUACAAUGGAAAUUUACGGGAUGACUGCCCAAAGGGAAAUUCUACCGCAUGAAAUCAAAUACCACAUCGCGAUGAACAAGAAGGGAUCUAACAAGCUGCAUACGCCAAAGGGCGUAAAAUCGAAUUCCAGGCUGAUAAUGCCUCCCGUGCAGUCACCAGCUGGCCCUCAAGCGGUGCGAACUCCUGCACUGGUUCAGUAUGGUUUCAUUAUUUUCUCCCUGAAGGAGAUACAACGCACAAACUGGACUCUGAACCCGGUGUCUGGUGUGAGUCCGCUCGAAGGAACAGUCCACAUGAAGGUGAACUGCGAACUCACUGUAACCGUCGACUAUCGUGGCUUCCUAACGAUGUUCGAGGAUGUUUCGGGUUUCGGUGCGUGGCAUCGACGCUGGUGUCGUCUCCAAGGCCACGUACUCAACUACUGGAAGUACCCGGAUGACGAGAAACGUAAGGCACCAAUUGGUAGUAUUGAUUUGCAGGGCUGCUGCACUCAGAAAGUGUCCGUUGCACCGCGAGACGUGUGCGCUCGAUUAAACACACUGCUUUUGGAAUUCCGAAGGCCAGCACAGCCUGGCGAUGUCGAAUCUCUGGUUUUGGUCAAACAAGGCAGUACAACCCUUCAGCGGCAUUUACUAUCAGCAGAUUCUAAGGAAGAACGCGAAGAAUGGUGCGCUCAUCUUAACAAAACCUUGGCAUUAUUGAAGGCAUGGGGUCAGCCGAAUAACAGGAACACCCCCUGCUAAUGGAUUGUUCAUCAGCAUCAGCAAGGGUUUUUGUAAAGGUAUAUAUUUUUGUCAUUAGUGUUAUUGGAUAUGUAUUUCGGAUAUAAAAAUGAUUAUGGACGAAUAUUUCUUACUACUUAAAGUUGAAUAUUCCUGAGAACGGUUAACGUUAUUAACUAUUUACACAAUUAAUAUGUUGAUAUUAUUCAAAAUUAUUGAUAUGCAUACUUAUUCAGUAUGAUAAGAGCAUAAACUUGUAUUG